UAAUUUCACAGCGCACCUGCAGAAAUGAUAGUUCAAAUUUUGCCCGCCAGGUUGUUCUUACCAACCGAUAGGUGGCGGAUUUCCGUCUCUACUAACAACAAAUAUGGCGGGCGGUGAUAGUAAUAACUGGCCAAGAAAGCGAGAAUCCGAGGAAUACCUCGAGAAGCAUAGAAUUUUAGAGCUAUUCAAUAACUUAACAUCACAGCUUAUAUAUAGUAGACCAGAAAAUCCCAAAGAAUUUACCAUUGAUUUACUAGAAAAGUUGAAAAAGUCCAGAAUGACACAUUUAGAUUUCCCCAGUAUAUUUGAUGAGAGCAAUGUUCGUAGUGUAUUUGGAAUGCUUGAUCCCACAGGACGUGGCUAUAUUACUUUGAGUCAAUACAAAGAAGCUCUCACCACUCUAGGUGUAGAAAACUUUGAUAUGAACCCUGCUGGAGGAGAAUAUGACAAAAUUACCAUGGAAACAUUCGUCAGAGAAGCAAAAUCUGGAAUUGCCAAAGCCUCAGCCACAUUCUAUGAAAACAAAGCAUAAUAAAUAUGGACUUGAAACACCAAAAACAAAUAACGGAUACACAAAACAGAUAGAAAAAUAAACAAAGAAACAAGGAAAACAAAAUAAAAAUCAAGAAAAUGACUUGAAGCAACAAUUUCUAUUUUCUCUUUAAUUUGGACAUUUUAUUAGUACAAAACAAUCCUGUUUAUAAAACUUUCAAUUCUCACUUUCCUGUGUCAUGUAAUUCCUUUUUUUGUAGUUUCAGUCAAACGCAAAGAAAUAAGAAAUUGCUUCAUUUAAGUGUCCAUCCAAUCAUAUAAAUGGGCAAAUUACCCAAUUUGCUAAAUUUGUGACUGUGCAGUAGACUGCGUUGGGAUAUAUGUACAGUGUAGAUGUGCAUAUAUAUAAUACUAACAUGUAAAUAUUAAUCUCUCAUGGUGCACAAUGUAGAUAUUUUACAAGCAUCAUGUAUUUAUCAUGUAAAUAUUGUAAAGAGAAACAAG